GAUGAGAACCACUGUUCAGUAGUGUUCAAGGCCGUAUUAUAAUCAUUGUGGUUUAACUUAAGCCACUGCUAAGCCUAAUAGUAAUAGUAUUCAUAAUUAUGUAUGUACAAUGUUCUUUUUUUUUUACAGAUACCCGUACCAGCCUAUUUCAAAAAGGUUUACUCAAGUGAAAAAAAUGGAAGCCACAGUGAAGGCUUACCUAGAGAGGGAAGACUCAACAAUUGAGGUGCGAAGAAUACCCAUUGCAUUGGAGGUGCCUCAAAACAUCUACAAAGAGGUUGGAACCAGAGUGGCUCAGGCAUUUCCUAGCCUAAAAGACAAACUGUUCACCCUUAAGUGGAAAGGUAAAUAGUUUGUGCAUUUAAAUAAUACAGUUUAUGAGUAGGCCCUCUGUCUAUUCUUACUAUUCAAUUUAUUCAUCAAAUCAACUUGUGUAUAACACUUAAAAAAUAAUGUUAUUUUUUGGACAUUUUUAUCUAAUUGCUAUAGAAUAUAGAAGUGGUGUUGUUUUUUUAAGUUUUAAGAUUUUUUAAAGGAAAAUCUCCCCAUUUACUGUCAGGACCUGUGAUUGCUAUUAUUUAAUGGGCCUUUUAACUGUCAUUUUAAUUCUUAUAUUUUAUCUUAAAGAUUCUGAUGGAGAUUAUGUUUUAAUGACUACUGAUGAGGAAAUGCUAGAGGCCAUGACUCAAGCUCAAGGCUCUGCCUUAAAAAUCUACAUCUCAAGUGAGUUAAUUUAAUAGUUACAGAUUUGACAAUUAAAUCUGAUUCAUUUUAGAGCAUUUAAACUAAAUAAAUUUCAAUGCUAUGUGUUGGCAGAGUGUUACUUUCAAUGAAUAUUUUUACCUAUUCAUAAAAUAAAAAAAUUAAUUUAUAAUAGUUAUGUAUUUAGGGAUAUUUUGUUACCCCCAUUGGCAGACCUAGCUUUCAGCGACCUCAAAUUAAAACACCUAGAAAAUAAUUAAAGCAAGCUAGGUGUGUUUAUGAAAUUUCAACUUAGACAUUAGCCUGGACACCUCCUAUAUAACCAUAGUAUUGUUCAUACAAGUUUAUAUUUAAUUUAUACAUUGAAAGUAAUAUUUUGCCAAAAGUUAAGAAUUUUUACAUGUAUUAGGUCUUUCUUGUAUAAAAACUCCCAAAUAAAAUAUGGAAUCUCUGUCUUGUUAACAGUUACUGGAGACAUAGAAAUGCCUGCUGGAGAUGACAAACCUCAAGAAUCUGAAGAAGGUGAUCAUCAAAGGGAGGAUUUUGCUCCAAAAGGCUGCCAUUUCAGAGGUGCCUGGGAAGAAGGGAAUGGAAGGAAGAGAGGUCACCGAAGUCAUCACAUAAAAAUGCAUGGUCAUUUUGGUGGACCAUUUGUUCAUGGCCCUUUUGGUGGGCCAUUUGGUGGCCAAAGUCCAUUUUGUGAGCCCAUUGGAGCUCCUGGCCAUUUUGGAGGAUCAUUUAGGGGUCAUGGUCAUUUUGGUGCACCUCAUAGAGGUCAUGGUCAUUUUGGUGGACCUCAUGGAGGCCAUGGUCAUUUUGGUGGACCUCAAGGAGGCCAUGGACCAUUUGGAGGUCAUGGACCAUUUGGCGGUCAUGGACCAUUUGGAGGUCAUGGACCAUUUGGAGGUCAUGGACCAUUUGGAGGUCAUGGUCCAUGUGAAGAUCAAGGUCCAUGUGGUGAGCAAGGUGGAUUUGGUGGACCAGGUAGAUUUUGCCAAUUUGCUGCAAGAGCUGGUCAGGGUCCAUUUGACAGACAUAACCAUCAUCCCUGCCCUGCAUUCUUAUUUCAAAGCGGGAGACACCAUGGUGGACAUGGAUGGAAAGCAGCACUGAGAGUAAGUAUUUGAUGUGCUUUGUAUUUCUAUUGGCAACUUUAAUUGAACAUUUAUUGAAGCAGAAUUAUAUAUUUUAAACUUUUGAUACAACAAUUUUAAAAAAUUAAAAAAUUGACAUUUCAAUUUUCUAGAGUUACAUUAAUUUAAACAUUUCUUGAACAAAUUUUGGAUUGAAAUAAAUAACAUUUUUUAAAAAGUUUAAUUGUAGGCCUCUAAUAUGAUGAGUUUUUUUUUCCUUAAAGGAAGCAGUUCCUGUUUCACAUCGCCGUUGGGCUAAAGGUUACAUUCGAAACUGGAGAGUUGAAAAUUUAAAAAAUGCUACAACAACCAGCAGUGACAGUGAACAAGAAAAGGUCACCAUGGAGUCUGCAGGUGUUCCUGAAGCCUAUGCCAAGUGGUUGGACUCUCGCCUGCCAAAGUGGCACAAACGCUGGAGCCAGGACGGUGAAAAAGUGGAUGAAUCAGAUGCCACUGACAAAGAAGGGGAAACUCAUAAAGAGUUUAAAAAACUCAAGGUAAGUAAUUAAAAAAGCAAAAAAUGUAAGAAAUUAAAAAUUACCAAAUUUGAAUUUCAUUCAUCCACAUUCGUUUUAUAAGAUCUUAUAUUUUUAUCAAAACAAUAAAUUACGGUAAACCAAUAGUAGUUUAUCUGUCUUUUUUUAGAAUUAAUUCUAUAAUUUUAAUUUUAAAAGAGAAUAAUACAUUCAGCUAGUUAUGAGAUUUAUUAUCUAUGAAGAAUAAAUUCCUGAACAUCACAAAUAAAUUUUGAAUAAUUUUUACCUUUAGGAAUCUGUUCCAAUUGAGUUCCGUAAAUGGGCAAGAUGGUACAUGGCCCGUCACUUUGGUCCAAAAGGGGCACCAAAAUUUAGAGGAGGAAAACAUGGAGAGGGCCAUGGUCACUACCACGGUGGACACAUGGGCAAAAAGUUUGGUGGCUGUGGAAAGAAAGCUUGGAAAAAAGGAUUCAAGAUGGAUUCUCUGCGAGUAAGUGGAAUUCUUAGUAGCUUGUGCACUGUGUCACUCAUUGAAUGUUUGAUUUAUUAGUUUUUAAGUUUUUACCCUCUUAUAAUGUCAUUUUAUUCUCAUGGUACAGACAUACAGAUUUGUUACAUAAAAAUUAAUUUAGACAUAAAACAAUUCAUCAGAGAAGUUUUUAACUUUGAGUUUUGCAAAUUUUUUUUAUUUAGGGAUCUGUGCCACUGAAGUUCAGAGUUUGGGCAAAGAAUUUCAUUAGGGAUUGGCGCCAGGAGAACAAAAUUGCUGAGUGUCAGGGGGGAGCUACAUCCUCAAGUGACAGUGAGGUUGACAAAGAGAAGAAACAAGGCGAGAUCAAUGUGCCUGCUGAUUACGCCAGGUGGCUGCGCAAAUUCUUAACUAAAUGGCAUGUGAAAAGAGGACAGCUGGAUGGGCUGACAGUUGAAAGGGGUGAAUUGGCAGAGUUUAAGGUAGCUAUCAAUUUAAGAUUAUCAUUUGUAAUUUGCUUAUUUCUCUUUUUAAGUAUUUGUAAAAUUUGGGACAUUUAUAAUUCACAUUAUAUAUACUUCUUGUGAUUCAUAAAAAAAAUAUUUUCAAUUAAAGCCAUUUGUUUUUACAAUAUGCCAUCAAAUUAAAUAAUAUAAUUUAUUAAUUUUACAUAAUUUUAAAGUUCUGUCAUUUUAAAAAAUUUAUUAGCUUACUGUGCCUUGGGACCUUCGGAAGUGGGUGAAAAUCUACCUGUGGCAUCGUUUUGGCAACACGGGUAAACAUGGCGAGGUCAACACAGCCAUCAAGUACAGGAAAUGGCUUGCUGCUUUUCAGAAGAACUGGAUGGACAUCAAAGGACAGAAUGGUGGAGAUCUCAUCUUGACCAGCAGUGAUGAUGAGGGCACUUCAGCAAAGGUUCCUGGUGAGAUACAAUUCUUACAAUUUAAAAAAUGCUGUGUUAGAGAGUUGAUGUCACAUCUUUUAAACUAUCUGACAGUUUGCUCGGGUUCUUAAAAAGACACAUAGAAUUAGAGUAUUUAUUCACAUCUUCAGUCUUUCGGGACAACGUUGAUUAGAUGUUUGAGUAAACUGCCUAGUUUAGAAUUUUGCCAUCAUCAGUUAUUUUCCUACACUUAAAAAUAUAUUGCAAUGAUAUAUAAUUGUAGAGUUGAGGCAGGUUUUAAAAAAAAAGAUCUUAUAGUCCAUGCUUUAGUCUAAACAAAAAAAUGUUCAAUUUUUUUCCAGAAAAAGAAGUGGAAAAGUCUUUCAAACGUCUACGAUUGGAAGGGGAAAAUGGUGAAAAAUUGAAUGUCACAUUCAGUCCAAGCGUUGAAGAUGAGACACCUAGUGAUAGUGCUAAUAUUAACUCAGUGGUAAGUAAUCACUGCCAAUCUUUAAAAUAUGGCUUAAAAUUUAAAUUGAAUUUAAGAUUAAAUAAGAUAAGACUCUAGGUUGAAGAAUGCAAUGUAUAGCUUCAAAUUUGGCAGAAUGAUAGGCUACAUUACACAUAAAUACAAUGAAAAAUCAUUUUUGUUGAACUUUUCUUUUUAGACAAACAGUGGCUUUAAAAAGUGGGCCAAAAGGGCACUUGAGCAGUGGGAUGGGAAUACAGUUGGUGGAUCUGAGACAGAAGCAUCACAGGCAGGUGGUGCUGAGGAACCUAUUCCAGUUCCAGUUUCCAACUGGAUGUGCAAACAGAUGAUGAAAAUGGAGAUGAAGAGGAUGAAGAAGGAGGGAAAGAAACGCAUGAAAGAGGUCAAGAAAGCGAGCAAAUAUCUUUACCUGUAGGCAGGAUGUUGUUGACAGUCCAACAGUGACACACCAGAUUUUUUACAAUUGGAUUUUAAAUAUUUUUUUAUCAACAGUUAACAUUUCUAUAACUUUAUAUUAUAUAAUUUACUUUUAAACUAAGCCUUUUGUAUCAAUUUUAAAUUACAUUUUUUUAAUGUUAAAAAAAAUUAAUUCAAGUUAAUUUUGAUAAAAUAACACGUAAUUUAAAGAUUUUUUUUUCUCACCAAAAAAAAUGCCUUUUUUGUGUGCAUUAGUAAGUUAAAAGUGCAUUAUUAAGUCAAAAGUUAUCAUUGCUAUUUUUUGUUCUUUAAACUUUCUAUAAAUAUGAUUAGAUCAAUGUCUAGCGGAAAUGUACUUUAAUAGCUUAAUGCGCUGAAUGUCAUCACUAUUAGCAUGCACUUAUACUACUUAUAUUGUUAUAUUUUGGUAUAAGAUCUAGUGUAUUGAAACUUUAUUCUAGAAUGUAAAGAAGUGUGCACAUUACUGUUUUAAAUUAAUAAUGAGAAUUUUAUUAUAUACCUGUAAUUAAUUAUUAUCUUCUUGAAGAAAGACGAAACUCCCAAAGAACUUUACAAUUUUUAAACAUUAAUAAAUUUGACUAUGUAAUCUUGACCAAGGAUUUGUGAAAUCAACUUCAAAAAACUUUAUUUAAUGAAAAACAGCUUUUGUUUUAAAUGAAAAAGAAUAUAUGAUUUUUACAAUUAAUCAAUCCAAAAGAAACAUAAAAAAAAACCAAGCAACUUUAGACCCUAUCAUGUAAAAAUUGCUUUCUGUUUUUUAAUAACAUUUUUUACACUGUUUUGUGUUCUUUUUUAAUAUGAUACUGAUUCCCCUACUGUGUAUUAUUGUUUAUCAUAAUCUUCUAAAAAUGUAAUAAAAUCAUUUUGUAUUUAUGAAAUUAUUUAUUAAUUUUUAUAAUUGACCACUUGUUUUAUUUAUUUUGCCAUAAAAUAUCAUCCAAAAAUUGCAAAAAAAUGUUAGAAUUCAUUGAAUUCAAUUUGUUAUAUUUUUGUAAUUCAAGAAUCUAUUAUUUCAGAGUUAAUUUUUGUUAUCUACAUUAAUUAAUAGUAAAACCAGGUAGUGCUAAAUUUGUUCAGAAGAUUUUUGUAAUUUAUUAAAGUAGAUCGUAAUUUAAACAAAACACUCGUUCUUUUAAUUGCUUAGGUCGCAUGCAGUGCACUAUCAGCCAGAGCAUGAACUUUGUGGUUUACUACCGCCACCUCCUAUGCUUACAAUUCAAUGUAAAAACAGUAUUUUUUCACUCAGCCAGAUGGGUCAGUUCUGACCUUUUACCCCACUUAUGUGACAACAUAUACCUUUGCACAACAUAAAAAUAUCAGAGACUUACAUUUUUUAAAACUUUGAC